AUGCUAUUGAGAAUUGCUGACAAUAUUUCGAACAAAUUGCGUAGACUUUUUUCAGCAAUAACAAGUGAACAAGGAAGUAGAAUUAUACCCGAACAGGGAAAUCGGAACACGAGUGAACAAGGCAGUAAGAACAUAAGCGAACAAGGAAGUAAGAACACAAGUAAACAAGAAAACAGUGGAAACUCGAGUGAACUAAACAGUGGAAACGCUUUUGGCGAAAGUAACAUUCCCGGUUCAAAUACAAUGGACCAAGAUGUCGACGGGAUUAACAUAGUUUAUGAUAAUAAUAUACAUGUCUAUUAUAAUAAUAAUAGACAUUUGUCUAAUAAGAAUCAAAACCGAGAAGAACCGCCAGUUCAAGAUUGGAGAAUGAGAGAAAGACUUAAGACUGUGUCCGGAGCCUUAGUCUUAUGUUUAAACAUUGGUGUAGAUCCACCGGACGUGGUGAAGCCAAGUCCAUGUGCAAAACUUGAAUGUUGGGUAGAUCCCUUCUCAGUUCCUCCACCCAAGGCUUUAGAUGCUAUUGGAAAAAAUCUUCAAGCUCAAUAUGAACAACUUAGCGCUAGAACUCGGUAUAAACAAUAUUUAGAUCCAUCAGUUGAUGAAAUGAAAAAAUUUUGUACAAAUUUAAGAAAAGGUGCAAGGGAGGAACGCGUUUUAUUUCAUUACAAUGGUCAUGGAGUUCCUAAACCUACCGCUAGUGGAGAAAUUUGGUGUUUUAAUAAGCAUUUUACUCAAUAUAUUCCAGUGUCUUUAGGUGAUUUACAAUCAUGGUUAGGUUCACCUUGUAUUUAUGUUUAUGAUUGUUCAGCUGCUGGAAAUAUUUUAGAAAGUUUUAAAAGGUUUGUAGAACAAAGAUAUUUGGAUCCUUCUCGACCAGACUCUAGUGCUCCGUCAAAUACACCCUUAAAUAUUCAAUUGGCCGCAUGCGGACCAAACGAAACAUUACCAACUCACCCCCAUUUACCAGCUGAUUUAUUCACUUCAUGUUUAACAUCUCCAAUUGAAAUUGCUUUAAGAUGGUUCGUUUUACAAAAUCCAUUACCUUCAUAUCUUACUGUAGACAUGGUAAUGAAACUUCCGGGAAGAUUACAAGAUCGUCGUACUCCUUUGGGUGAAUUGAAUUGGAUCUUUACAGCAAUUACUGAUACAAUUGCUUGGAAUGUUCUUCCUCGAGAUUUAUUUAAACAAUUAUUUAGACAAGAUCUUAUGGUAGCUGCAUUAUUUAGAAAUUUUUUAUUAGCGGAAAGAAUAAUGAGACGUUAUCAAUGUAAUCCAAUGUCUCAUCCACAAUUACCACCAACUCAUGAUCAUCCUAUGUGGGAUUCUUGGGAUUUGGCAGUUGAUAUGUGCUUAGCACAAUUACCAUCAUUAUUAAAUGCCGAAAGUGGAGGACCAGAAGUUGAAUAUAAACAUUCAAGUUUUUUUGAUGAACAAUUAACUGCAUUUCAAGUAUGGUUAUCAAAAGGAUCCGUUUCACAAAAACCUCCCGAACAAUUACCAAUAGUAUUACAAGUAUUACUUAGUCAAGUUCAUAGAUCAAGAGCUUUAGGUUUAUUAAGUAAAUAUUUAGAUUUAGGACCUCGAGCUGUUAGUUUAGCAUUAUCGAUAGGAAUAUUUCCGUAUGUACUUAAAUUAUUACAAAGUCCUGCACAAGAUUUAAAACCACCGUUAGUAUUUAUAUGGGCACGAAUUUUAGCAGUGGAUAGAUCUUGUCAACAAGAUUUAUUAAAGGAUAGUGGUUAUGUUUAUUUCGUUAAUAUUAUUGCACCAAAUAGUAUACUUAAUAUUCCAAAUGAGACUGAACAUCGAGCAAUGUGCGCCUUUAUUUUAGCCAUAUUAUGUACAAAUUAUAAUCUAGGACAAAUUGCUUGUAAAAAAGUACAAGUUUUACAAGCUUGCUUAGCACGUCUUAAUAACGUUGAUCCAUUGUUAAGACAAUGGUCAUGUCUUUGUAUAGGUCAAUAUUGGAAAAAUCAUGCCGACGCUAAAAGUGAAGGUAUUGAACAUCAAGCUCACAUUAAACUUUUUGGACUUUUGAAUGAUCCAGUUCCGGAAGUUCGAGCCGCAUCUCUUUAUGCACUUGGUACAUUUAUUGGAGACUUGGAACGUACUGAACAAAUAGUUAAUAUCGAACAUAAUAUUGCCAUAUAUACGCUUGAUUCCAACAAUGAUGCUUCGCCUAUUGUAAGAAGAGAACUUGUGAUUGCACUUUCAAAUAUCGUAAGUGCAUAUCUUGAUAAUUUUAUAAAAGUAGCACAUGAAGAAUUAUUAGAUAUUUAUAAACGAAUAUUACGACAACGUCCAAGAGAGAGUCGACCUAGCACAGUUUAUACAUGUGUAUGGAAAGCCUUACAAAACAUGUGUACCGAUCCUGAUGCCGAAGUUUCACAACCUGCGAUGACAGUGGUUGAUGCCAUAAAUGAUCAAUUGUUAGAAUCAUCUCAUUCAGAAACUGUAGCGAUUACUUUACGACAAGUUCUUCAAGAUCAAAAUUCACCAGAGAUAGAAGCAUCAAGAACUUUAAUAAAUAGAUCGACAUCUUUAGAAGAAGUGUUGCCACUUAAAUCGAAAUUUUUUGAUUGGAGUUCCGAAUCCGAACAAUUAGGUAGCAUUGAUGACAAUGAAAGAACGUGGAGACGUAAAAGAAAUUCAAAUAUUAUCAAAUCCACACUACCGCUAAAAGAAGUUGCAGGAUCGAGUCGAUGGAAUAAACAAGUUGGCCUUUUAAAUAAUGAAACCGAACCAACAAAAUUAUUGUUUCAUCCAUUUGAACCACAUCUGAUAGUUGCCAAUGAUAAAGAUCUUAUUAGUGUUUGGAAUUGGAAAGACCACUUCCGUACGCAUACAUUUUCAAAUGGUAAUCCUACUGGAAGCAAAAUAACCACCCUAAAUUUCAUAAAUGAAGGUGAAGCGUCGAUGUUACUUGCCGGAUCAAGUGAUGGUAUAGUACGUAUUUAUCGUAAUUAUAGUUCUCCCACAACAUCAGAAUUGAUGACAUCAUGGCGUGCUUUGCCCGAGAUAUUACCAAAUAAUCCAAGAUGUGGUCUUGUUGCAGAAUGGCAACAAUCUCGAGGUACAUUAUUAGUUGGUGGGGAUGUCCGGUCGAUUAGAAUAUGGGAUGCAACCCGCGAAUUUACAAUGAGAUGUUCCAUAACUCAUAUUACUAGUGAUUCAGGUGAUAUUAUAGUUGCCGGAUUUGCUGAUGGUGCAAUACGUAUGUAUGAUAGAAGAAUUCAGCCAAGGGAUUCAAUGAUAGCCACAAGUAAAGAACAUAGAAAUAUUAUAACGAAUGUGGUAUGGCAAAAGGGAGCUAGUCGUGAAUUGGUAUCAGGAAGUAAAUCCGGAGAAAUAAAGAUAUGGGAUAUUCGACAAAAUCGAUCAAAAUAUACCAUAACUAAUGAAGCAACAGUUUCCGAGAUGAAUGCAAUGGAUUUGCAUCAUGGAGCAGAUAUUGUAGCAGGAGUGUACUCAAAUCAAUUAAUUAAAGUCUGGAAUACAGCAUCGGGAGUGAAUCUCUCAUCAACACGAUAUAAUGCUGGAUUCCUGGGGUGGGGUGCACAAGUUAAUUCGGUAGCACUUGCUAAUCAUCAUAUGGUGAUGGCGGUUGGAGCUACAGAUAAUUAUUUAUCAAUAUAUGGAAUUUCUCACUAA